AUGUAAACACAUAUUUUUUGUUGGUUGAUUUUUUAUAAAAAUUUUAAUAUUUAUAAAUAAAAAAUAAUAUAAAAAUAUAAUUUAGAAAAAAAAAAAAAAAGAAAGAAAAAAAGAAAAAAAAUUUUUUUUUUUUUUUUAAAAAAAAAAUAAAAUAAAAAAGAAUUAAAUUAAAUUAUAUAUAAAUAAAUAAAAACUUUUUUAAUAUAAAAUAUAUAAGAUAUAUAACAUUAUUUUUUUAUUUUAUAUAUAAUAUAUAAAUAAUUACAAAAAAAAAAAAAACACGUACAUUUUAAAGUUAUAUAAAUCAAAAAUGAUUAAAAAUCAAGACACAAAAGACGAAUAUAAUAGGUUUUAAAUUUAUAAUAGUAGGUGAUUCGGGUAAAAAAUAGCUUAAUAUAGAUAAAAUAAUAAUAAUAAUUAAAUAAAGGAGUUGGAAAAUCUUGCUUAUUAAUAAGAUAUACAAAAAAUGAAUUCGCCUCAGAUUAUAAUGCAACAAUAGGAGUAGAAUUUUAAUCAAAAACAAUAAAAAUAAGCGAUGCAUAAGUAAAAUUAUAAAUAUGGGAUACAGCAGGUUAAGAAUCUUUUAGAUCAAUAAUAAAGUCAUUUUAUAAAAAAACAUUUGGUGUAUUUUUAGUAUAUAGUAUAAAUAAUCGAGAUUCAUUUAAUUCAAUAUUACAUUGGUAUAAUGAAGCUAAAGAAAAUGCAGAGGAAUCCGCUUUAUUUGUACUUGUAGGGACAUAAAGGGAUAGAGAAUGCGAGAGAAAAGUGACAAAAUAAUAGGGAGAAUAAUUAUAAAAAGAUUUAAAAUUAGAUCUUUUCUAUGAAGUAUCUUCUAAAGAUGGGGAUAAUAUAGAUUUGUGUUUCGAAGAAACAGCUAAAAUGGCAUUUUUAAAAUAAAUUAAUUAAAAUUUAAAGAAUAAAAGUAUUGCAAGUAGCUCAUUUAUGGGAGAUGCUAAAUAUUAGAUAUAACCUAAUUAAAAUAACUAAAAUUAAUAAAAGAGUAAAUGUUGUUGA